AUGGGGCAAGGGACGAGCCCCGCUCCCCUGGCCGGCACCAUCCCCGGCGGCCGCCUGGCUCCCGGGAGCAGCCCGGCAGGUGCAGCAAGCUCGGGGGAGCGGCUGCCAGAGGCGGGUGGGCAGCAGGUCGGGGACUCAGGCAGCGCCCGGCUGUGCCUGCAGACGGUGCCCAGCGAGGUGACGACGCAGGAUGGGUAUGUGCUGCUGCUCGUGCUGCUCUCCAUCUUCAUCGGGGGCACCCUGGUCCUGCUGUCAGGGAUCCUGAUCAUCUGCCGCCGGUGCUGCGAGGCCGACCGCAGGCACUCCAGAGCCAGCGAUGACCCCGAGAAAACCAACACCACCUACCUGGAUGACUCUCAGCCUGCACAAGAUAUCACCAUCAAGGUGGACGACCCCGACUGCCUGUCGUCCUCCAGCUACCGGGAUGUGGAGACCGAGCGUUUCCUCUCGUCCAGCUCCUCCACCGGGCGCCGGGUCUCCUUCAACGAGGCCGCGCUCUUCGACCAGAGCAAGAAGACCCAGGAGAAGGGGCGGAGGUACACGCUGACGGAGGGGGACUUCCACCACCUGAAAAACGCGCGGCUGACCCACCUGCACCUGCCGCCGCCUGCCCUCAAGAUCGUCACCAUCCACGAGUGCGAGUCCAGCGAGAACAGCCUGGCCAUGACGCCCCGCCUGCCUCCCGCCAAGCCGCGCCUCGCCAUCUUCCAGCCCCCCGCAGGCGCCCUGCCCCAGACGGCUCUCACCAGCCACGCCAUGUGCCCCAGCUCUGCCUUGCCCGGCGACACCUACAACUCCACCGUGGACACCAGCUUCACGGAGGCCAGUCCGUCCGCCUCUUCUGACUCGGGGGAGGGCCCCUCGUUCGAAGGCGCCGCCCGGGCUCCGAAAGGCGCUGGAGCUGGGGAGCCCCUGCCGCCCCCCGCCCAGGGCACCGUGCUGCAGUUCUUCACCCGCCUGCGCCGCCACGCCAGCUUGGAGGGCGCCAGCCCAUAUUUCCGCAUCAAGAAGUGGAAGUUUGAGAGCAACCAGCGAGCGUCCAGCCUGGACACCAGGGGGUCCCCCAAGCGGCACCAGUUCCAGAGGCAGCGGGCGGCGAGCGAGAGCAUGGACCAGGAGGACCGGGACCCCCACCAGACCGACAUCAUCCAGUACAUUGCCCGGACCGAAGACGUCACCUUCCGCCCCGUGGCCGGGCCCUUCCUGCCAUCCCCGGCCAGCCCCCCACCCUCUCUCGGCAGGCUAGAGCCGGCCGAGGCAGGUGGGGGGGCUGCCGCGGAGGCGCCCGGCGCGGAGCAGCAGAGCAUCUACCACGACAUCUGGAGCUUGCGGGCGUCCCUGGAGCUGCAUGCCUCGUCUGAGCAAAGCAACGACCGGGACUCGGUGCGCAGCGACGGGGGCGACAGCGUGUCCUUGGCGGGCGGUGCCCCCGGCUUCUCCUCCUCCCUGGACGAGGCUGAAGGCCCCGAGGAGCGGCCGUGGGGCCGACCCAAGCAGGACAGCACCGAGUCGGAGCCGGGCACGCGCAAGCUGCUGCAGAUGGACAGUGGCUAUGCCUCCAUCGAGGCGCCCAGCCGGGCAGGCGAGGACGGGCAGCCCCAGGACCAGACCGCCUCGGAGAAGCGCAUCUGCUUCACCAGCGCCGGGCGCAAGGGCACCAUCUUCGAGAGCUUCGAGGGGCGUGAGCCUGAGGAGGAGGAGGAAGAGGAGGAAGAGGAGGUGGCAGCGGGGGGCGAGGCGGCGGUCCCGCCGCGCAGCCCCCUCGCCUGGGCUCCCUACGGGCAGAUGUUCGCCAGCCGGGAGGCGCCGCCCCGGCGGGACUACAGCAUCGACGAGAAGACGGACGCGCUGUUCAACGCCUUCGUGCGCCAUGACCCGCAGUUCGACGACUCCCCGCUCCGCGCCCGGCACCGGCCCCGUGCCCACCUGCGCAAGCAGUGGCAGCGCGCCAAGCAGUACAGCGACCCUGGCCUGCGCUACGCGCCCGCCCUGGAGCGCCACCGCACGCCGCUGCGCCGCGGGGACAGCGUCAACUACCCGCUGGACAGCCGCUACCACAGCACCCUGCCCCGCAUCGUCAGUGCCGGCGAUGAGGAGGUCGGCGAGGGCGCUGAGGCUGCUGGGGAUGGGCCGGAGGCCGAGGCCGAGGCCGAGGCUAAGAUCCAGGUGAUCGAGGAGGAGCCGGCCGAUGCGGCCGCUGAGCCCCGGCCCAGCCCGGAGCCCCUCGGGGAGCACUGCCCGGGCUCCGGCAAGUGCCUGGGCCUGGGGUCCCAGGUCCUGGGGGCUGAGCUGAUGGACAAGAUCGCGGGCGGCCUCGAGGACCGGCUGUAUGGGCACUUGAAAAAACCGAGAGAGAGCGUGGAGUGCGCCGUGGCCGUGGCGUCCCCCGACCGCAGCCCCGUCUAGGCCGGGGGGGAGAGCACCGGGUUCACCCCGACUCGCUGCAUCAGGGUUCAGGGCUUCGACCCCUCCCGCUGCUGGCACUGCCGCCAGGCCUGCUGGGUCCCGCGCCCCGGGGCGCGAGGGGAGCCCUCAACGGCCUCUCCCCUGGGAAGGGGCUGGGAGGGUGGGGGCGAGCCCGGCUGGAGGCACCAGGGCGGGGCCCUGCUGCACGGACCCCCGUCCAUCAUCAAGGGCUUGGAGGGGCCGGGUCGGUCGGGACGUCCAGCCUUCCACGCGGCGGGGCACGGCCCCUG